UGAGUAGAUAAGCAUAACAAGAAUAAGUAGACAAUCAACUACCACUCUCAAACACUUGCUAUAUAAACUAUAUUUGCUUGCUAUCUAGCAAAACCACUCAAAAACCCAGAACCCUAUAUAUCAACCUCAUGGCAUCCACCGAUAAGCCUGAUCCAGAAGUCCCCACCAAGUCGGAGGUGACACCUCCGCCACUUCCUCCUCCUAAGCGGGUAGACUAUUUUGCCGUUGAUGUUGGUCUUAGGAUCCUGUUGUUUGCAGCCACCUUGACUGCGCUUGUGGUGAUGUCCACUGCCAAGCAGACGGAGUUGGCUGUUGUGCCAGGAGUGCCUUUCAGAGUGCCUGUUGAAGCCAAAUUUAGUCACUCACCGGCCUUCAUAUACUUUGUAGCAGCAUUAUCCGUUGCCUGCCUGUACAGUAUCAUCACAACGCUUGCAUCCCUCGGCCUCAUCGCUAAGCCAACUUUUGCAACUUCCUUCUUGCUUUAUUAUGCAUUUUGGGACGUGUUGAUGCUGGGAAUAGUAGCGGCAGCCACGGGGGCGGCCGGAGGAGUAGCAUAUAUUGGGUUGAAGGGGAACAGCCAUGCAGGUUGGGCGAAGGUGUGCCCUCUUUAUGACAAAUUCUGCAGACAUCUGGGAAGCUCCAUAGCGAUCGCAUUGUUCGCUUCAGUUCUUCUGGUUCUGCUCACCAUGCUUUCAGUCUUCUCUCUUCACAGUCGGAUUCGUGAGUAGAAAUAAACUUUCCAGACUCUAAAAUCUGAAUUGUUUGUAGCCAUCUCAAUUGUGUGAAAAAAGUUGAACCUUUGGUGUUUGUUUUGUGUGUCUUGUGCAUGGCUAAAGGUCUAGUUUUGUAAAGUCUAUUCUUGUAAACUGGUGUAAUUUCUAUAUACAACGUUUAGCUUUAUUUAUUUAUUUA